GCUCAUAAAUGAUACCCUUCUUUGUUUGUAGAAUCAAGAUUCAAGAAUGUAUGCAAUUUCCCAAAAUGGAAUGCAGUGAAUGCUUUGCUUUGCACCCUUUUAUCACCUCUGUUUGCUUGUGACAAAGCAGGAGUAAUGGCACCUGACAAAACCCUUCAAAAGUUCUCUUCAUGGUUAUGGGCUUCCAUUAAAACUUGGAAGACGUGAAGAAACUUAGAAACAUUGAAUAGAUCAAAUUUUAACACUCGUGGGUUGUGUUGCAGACAAUGGAAAAUGGGUCAUCAUUACUGAGAACUGUUAAAUUUCACAGAAGAAUUUCUGAGUUCUGACGAAAUUGGUGGGGUAUUUUUAUUUAAAGUCUAGCACUAAAUUUUAUUUUUGUAAAGGUUUUGGUUCAGAGCAAUCCAUUGGGUUAGAAUAUAGUCCGUGGAAAAAACAAACACUGCUUAUUUGAUGCUUGUUUGCUGGGAAAAUUUGUUAGCUAGAAGGGUGAUUAUUAGGGAAAACUUGAAGUUGCCUUUUUGAGUGUGUUCACUUUUUGCUAGUGGGUUUUGUUUGGUUGUGGAAAGAAGAAAGUGAAAAAUAAGGAUUUUUACCCUUCCUGAAAGUUGUGUAUCACUGUAUAUAGAUCAUAGAGUUCUCAUUCUUGUAAGCUAGUAUUGUUUUGAAGGGUCUCAUAAUUUGUGGCAUGUGGGGAGCAGAGACGUGUUCGACAUACAUUUGGUAAUUCCAAGGCUUUGACGUAGUAAAAACGAUAGUGGAAAACAAGGGUUUUGCUUUCUUCAAGAGAAUCGAUUGCAGAUGAGAACAAACUGUUUGGUGUUAGUGAAAACAGAAGAACCAGUUAUGUCUUUGAAGUAAGGCUGCUCAAGGGAAACUGGGAAACGGCUAGUUAUUUCAGCGCCUGAUUAAAGCUUCUUACUGCAGGGCUACAUUUUCCUUGGAAGCUCAGAUCAGGCCCAUCUUUUCCACCUUCUGUUAUCAAUGUUGGACAUGGGAAAAACAUCUGAGAAUCGAAUCUGUUCCUCCUUGUGCUUCUCCAGAACCUCUGGGCUAUGUAUUGCAGUCCUUGUUCUUUCUUUAGUUAUCACAUUCCAUGUUAGUUUUGGGUUGUCUCCUUUCCUUCUUAGCAUUCCAAUUUUGGUUCUAUCAACCAUGUUCAUUGUCACAUUCAAGAAGAAAAGGGUGAUUUUGGAUGAUAAUCCAAUGCAAGAUGAGGAUCUCAUCUGUGACCAGAAAAUCCUGCAUGGAAAAGAAGUUAGAGACACACUUCAUGAGCCAUUACUAGAAACAGCUAGCCAGAUCGAGGCCACCCGACAACAAGAAAAUGGUUUGAUGCAAGAGUACCAAGAUGAAUCGCUUCCGGAUAUUCUAUUUUCAUCAGACAGUGAAAGCAGCAAUGACUCUAUAAUAGGUGAAAACUUUGAUCUCAAGCUGAUGAGUUCCAACUACAUGGAACAAGAUGAGGCAAUCUCAGAUGUUUCGGUUUCUGAUGAAGAUGAUGAUAGCCUCAUUGAAAUAUCCCUUCCGGGAAGCAAGUCAGGUGGCCUAGAUCAUGAAGAGCCAAAGCAAAAGCCACAGUACUCCAAUAUUCAUGAUCUCUUGCCGGAUUCAAUUUUCCAGCAACAAAGCUUAAUGGAGCUCUUGACAGAGAUCAAUGAAAUGAAUGAGGAAGAAAAUUUGAUCGAGAUUGAUCUUUCAAAGGGACCCCAUCAAAUGUUCAAGGUUAGAGAUUGAAACUAGCACUGUAAAGAGAUCAAAAGGUUGCAAGUUUUGAUCUCAAUGAAUGAUGAUCAUGAGAGGAUUAGGGUUCAGAUGGGGGUAUAGGUGUUUGUUAAUCCAGUUAUGGGACUUCUGCCUUUCAUUUACAUGGCCUUUUCUACAAGGCUUGAGACUCUUGACUAGUAAGUAGAGCAUGCCUAGCUUAGCCUUUUUUUUUGUUUUGAUAAUCCCUUAAUAAGCACUCUUAAGGAUAAAAAGUUCAACUUUAUUUUGCCUUUGGUACAAAUAUUAAAAGGCAUAAACAAAGCAAAAGAGGCUUUCUUGCU